AUGCCCGACAUCAACUCUCUUCCCCCUUCUGCCCUAUCACCACCGCUUUCCUCCUCAUCAGUCUCAGCCUCAUCCCCCGCCGCAGCAUCUGGCCCAGCCUCUACCUCUGCUUCUGCAAUGUCGGCCAACGCCAACGCCAACGGCAGUGAGCCCGUCCCGGCUCAUGGUCCCAACAGCUCGCCUUCUCCAAACCGGUCCGCUUCCACGUCCCUGCAAGCCGCUGCCGCGGUCAAUGCUGGUCUGCAGCAUGAACGCUCUUCUAACUCGCGACGAUCGUCCGGUUCACUCUCGCGACAGGUCACUUCUCCAAGCAACGGACGGAGGCGUUCCCAGGUCCUCAUGAACCUGCAGAUCAACGAUCCCUCCGUGCCUGGACCCGGCGAGAUGGUCCCCGAUGCCGCGCACGCCCAUGGCCACGGCCACGGCCAUGGACACAGCCACAGAAGCAGCUUCACGAGCCCAACAGGGCCCAGUGUUGGCUCGCCCCUGCUAAUGGCUGAUCCGCAUCACAACCGAGCUCCCAGCUUGGGAGAGCUUCACCAGGAGUUGGAGGCCGAGCAGGAAGCUCAAGUGAACCGCCUCUUGUCUCAAAUUCGCCAGCAACAAGCCCAGAUCCUACAACUUCAGUCUCACCAGAAUCAGUCUUCGUCCGCCAUCGCAGGCGACGAAUCGCCCGGUGUGACGACUCCAGCUCCUGGAGCGCAACCUAUUUCCACAGCUUCCAAUCCUACUUCUGCAGCACCGAACAUUUCAGCCUCUGGCUCACUGCCCCGAUCACCCAUCUUCCCGCGCAGCUCCUUCGACCUUGCCCGCAACGAUCUACGACACAGGUCCCGAACCCCCAGCCGCGGUGCCUCGCCACGACUUCGAUCUACGUCCAUCAGCCAGGAUAGCGGGGAACCAUUCGCGCUGGGCGGAAGGGACGAGAGCGCGUUCUACCAGGCCGAGACUCAGAUGUUGACCAGGGAGAACCAAAUGCUCCGGCAUCGAAUCCGAGACCUAGAGCGACAACUCGCAGACACGACUCCUGGCGGCAGCACCGCUUCGGUCACACACGAGCCUGCACACCACUCAGGCCUGACGCGGUCAGAGUCUGUCUCUGAAGAGGCCAGGCCUACUGGUAUACAGGCUACCCACACUCUACCAAUUCGAGAGACGCCGAAAGAUGAGUGA